AUGGUCCGUGGCAAAGAGUUAUCGCCGCAACAGCGAUCGCAGAUCUGCGAACUGCACAGUCUCGGCUAUGGCUAUAGGCGGAUAUUUAAGCUGCUGGCAGAAGUGCCGCUUUCAACCAUCAAAUACACUUGUCAGCAAGAGGCUAAGCGCAAGGAAAACCAGAGCAGGCCACGGUCCGGGGCACCACGGAAGUUGCAAGUACCCAGCAGAGGGUCACGCCGGCGGAAAGACUCUUCGCCAGUUCCUGUUGACGAUAUAAUAACACAGAAUUUCACCGGGUUGGAUGAUGCCACUUAUCAGAACGUCACUUACCAUGACCUGCUGGCCAUGGUUGACUGGUCGAUAUUUCCUACAGAGCAGCUCCAUCCGAUUGAUGGCAUGGGCCUGGUGGACGAUGCGGCAGUAGCUCAAAUUGAUGCAGCAGUAACUCAGAUGGAUAAUUCAAUGACUCAGAUCGGCGAUGCAGCACCCCGAAUGAACGAUAUAACAACACAUAUGGAUCAUCAACUGCACCAAUUGGGAGAUCCAGUAACACAUAUGGAUGAUAGGAUGCCUCUCAUCCAUGAUAUAGCACCUCAUAUCCAAGAUAUAACAUCUCACGUCAACAACGUGACACCUCAGAUCAACGACAUGACACCUCGGAUCAACGACAUAAUACCUCAGAUCAAUGACAUAAUACCCCAGAUCGAAAACACCCACAUCAACGACACAAUAACCCAAAUAAACAACAUGGCAGCGGAUACAGACUUGAAUCUGGUAUUCCAGGAUCCCACCUACCAAGAUGUCUCUUAUCAUGACCUCCUCGCCCUGGUCGACUGGUCAAUUGUAUGGUGA